GGCGGAGCUGAGCAUCAAAGCUUCCUGGGGAGAGGGACAGACUCCUGGCCACCAAGGCCUCACCGUGGCCAGCGCGGGAGAGCAGAUACACACUCUCUUAGUUGCAAUGUCAUUGUUAAGACUCAUACCACACCUCAACAGCCCUGGUGUGAAGGGCAGUGUUCAGUGGAUGGAGAGUCUUUCCUUCAGUAUGAUAAUGACAACAAAGCCACACCAUUGGCUGACCUGGGAAAGGCAGCACAUGUCUCCCAAGUGUGCAAAGAUUUUAUCCAAGGACUGGAAUUCUUGGGACAAGAGUUCAGGAAGAUGCUGGCUGACACCAAUCUGGGUACAACCAAGAUCUAAGCUUGAACAAGAACAAAUUGUUGGUGCCUCCUUGUUAUUUAACAUCAGUGGAAAGUACCCCUUCAUCCUGAGCACAAUGAAUAUGAGCUGGACACCAAUUACUCUUAAAGCUGGAGGUAUUAUGAAUAAAUGGACAGAUGAUGAGGAACAAACCAAAUGUCUGAAGAUCUCCAUAGCAAAUUUGAGUUACUGGCUCAAGGAAUUCUUAAAGCUCCACAUAGGGAAAGGACAAGGAUCAACAUCAAGGGCCCCGGAUAUCACCCAGCUUCAAUCUACCACCCAGCUUCUACCCACCACCAAGUUUCAAGAUGAGGAAGUAUUCAUCCCCCUGGGACUCCUCUCCAUUCUCAUAGCCUUUGUUUUUUGCAUUUCCAUGUAUGUGAAGAGGAAAUCCCAAGGAGAGGCCAGAAGAAGCCAUUGGAUCCCCUGGAACGGGACCUACAGAUGGUUGGAAGUACUGGGAACUGAACCCAGGUCUUCUCCAAGAGUACUCCUGCCUCCAGAUUCCUGCCCUGUUUGAGUUCCGUCCUGACUGCCUUCAACUGAUCAACAGUGAUUUGGAAAUGGAAGCCAAAUAAACCCUUUCCUCUCCUAGUUCCUUUGGUCAUGAUGUUUCCUCACAGCAACAGUAUCCCUAACUAAGACAAGUAAGUAACAAGACACUGUGGUAUUGUUCUGACACCUGGCCAUGAGUUUUAGGGAGUAUUGUAGAAGGACUUUGGAACUUCUGACUAGAUAAGUGUUGAGAGCUAACUGGGCCAUUCUUUAGGAACUUGGAAGAUAAGAACGUUGAACAGUGCAGACAAUGGAGGCCUGGCAUGUGAAGUUGAGGAAAGCAGACUCUACUGGGACAUUUGAAUGAAGAAUCAAUGGUUCUGGGUAUCUGGGGCUAAAGAAUCAGCUGUGAUUAACAAGAUACCAGAACUAGUAAAGUGCAAUCUUUGCUGGGGAACUACAUGUUGGUUAGCUGGAGUUGAAAAAUUAGUGGUGAUCACAAAGAGAACAGCAUCUUUGAGGUGAAGUCUUCUGGAAAGUGUUUCCUGAGAAUCAGGAUAUAAAGGCUGUGUCCCAGACAUGGUCAAGGUGGUACCUUGUGCUGGCAAGUAAACUUGAGAGUGCAGAUCCACUCAGGUGGUGCUGGUUUUGAGUGUGUGAAGAUGUCAUGGAUAGUAGAUGAAACUUGGCCCCUCUUAUCCAGAGUUGGAGUCUAUGCAAUGAGCCCAGGAUAGGCUACUACUGAAAGUGCAUUUGGAACCGAAGACCCCAGCAUUUUGGAAAUAGUAGGACCAUAGGAUGACCACCAAG